UUUAUUAAAAAAAUAAAAACUCUGGCUCAUGUUGUAGUGCAACCAGUAGUGGUCUAAUUUUCGUCUUCAUCCAUUUUAAACCACUUGAUGUAUUCAGCCUUCACCUCACAAAUUUUUCUGCAUGUUACCAAUACUUAAUUAGCGUAAAUUUCUUGUCGUACAAUGUUUGUAUUAUGAAAUCAAUACUUGGAUACAAUUCUGGUAUUCAACAUCGGAGAAAGAAGUGGUGGAUAUUUUGCAGUAGUGUCUGUAGAUCUAAUCCAGACAUUUAUAUACCGAAUUAUUGCUGCCACAAGGAAAGUUUUUAUUGAUGCAUCAGAAUCC